AUGAUUUGUACCGUUUCGAGUGCUCAGUCCGAGAGCCGUUUGUCCAGCGUCAUUCGUGCCAAAGCUAUCCCAGAGCUAUCCAAUAUAGGAACUAUCCCGAUAUUAUGCUUCGAUUAUACACUUGAGCUUAGUCACUACAUCACCGAUGACCAACUGACUCGUAACCACCUACUCGACAGUCCGUCACAAGCACAUCACCAAAAACACCUACAUUAA